AUGGCAAGUCCAGCAAGAUCUACGAAAAAAACAAAGAAAGUUACUAGACAUGUAUCUAAAAGUCCACAACGUAAAUCUGUUCCGGCACAAAUUCAACCAAAAAUACAAAUAGAAUUAGAAAAAUCAGCAUAUUCAGAUCCACUGGAUUCUUCUCGAUCAUUAUUAGAAAAUGUGGUAUUUGAACGACGAGAUUAUGCUACUUUAUCACCUCAAGCUACUCAAUUAUUUAAUUCAAAAAUUGUUUUUGAAGAUGAAGCUGAACGUUCAUGGCUUUUUGAAAAUAUGCAUAGUACAACAAUUUUGAUUAAAAUUAAUGAUCUUUUAUUUUCGAUUAAUGGCAAUUAUUCAUUUAAAGAAAAUCAACCAACUGUUCUUUAUCUUCAUGGGUUUGGUGCAGGUAGAAAUUGGGCUAAUUGGAUCAAACAGGCAUAUCCAUUGAGUCAACGAGGACGAUAUUCGGCAAUUUUCGUUGAUUUACCUGGUUUUGGUCAAUCAAGUGGUCGUAGUUUAGAUCAAGCAAGUUGGAAACGAUAUGGACCUGAAAUUAUAGUUGCUAUUCUCUCAAGUUUUAAUGUUCAACAUUCAGUUAAUGUUAUUGCUCAAUGUGGUGGAGCAGCUACAACUGUACGAACGAUUAAUCGAUAUCCUGCAUGGUUUAGAAAUCGUGGUCUUAUAUUUUGUAAUUCUGUAGUUGGUGAUUUUGGUGAAUCAAAAGUUGGGGAUUUUGAAACUACUCUAACAAGAUAUAAUAUACAUAUUGUUGUUUUUUGGAAUCCUGAUAUAGAUCAUACGAAACAAUGUGUGGCAUAUAAAAGAUGGAAUAAACUACGUCUGGCCGGUUUUCGUAAUUUACAAUUGAUUGAUAGUGAUACAGCCAAAGAAACAAUCAAACUAUUCUAUCCUUCAGUAACUGUUGCUAAAAUAAGUCGUUGUUCAUCAAAAAAUGAAGCAGUUGUUUACAAACUAACUGAUGAAUAUAUUCAACGAAUUAUUGAUAUAUUAAAUCGAAAAUAA